AUGGACCUGGUAGUGACAACGCUCCGUGGACGGGUUCGUCUUUUCGAUACGGAUGCCUUGGAUCGACAGCGUUCUGCGGAAGCCUGUGAAUAUCUAUUCAACUUUUUGCGCAUAUUUCUUAAACUGAUAGGAUGCGACAUCAUCGACGAACAGUGGAGUUGGAACUGGCGCACUUCCGUAACGGCUGGAAGUAUCUCAACGUUUUACGUGUUUCAGAUUUACUCGGUUUAUUUCUUCUGGGGUCAGUGGUUCUUGGUGCUGGAAUCGCUAUCAAUAUCUGGGAUUGCCAUUCAGGCGGUAGUUAAAAUGCACCGAGCUAUAAAUGGGCGCCUAUUUUACGUGAAAACUCACAAGAAUCUGUUGAUUGUUCAUCGCACAUUUUGCAUAGAUCGAAAACAUAACCGAUCGUUGAUGUUCUGCGUGGUGCUGAUUGAGUAUGUGUUUAAAGCAGUCGGUUUGGCUUAUGCUGCAGCUGGAGUUGGAUUUUUCAUGCUGCCAAUGUUGCAAUAUUUUUGGUUCAACGAAAAAGCACUGGCACUGCAGAUAGUUCUCCCAGGGAUUGAUCCCGCAUCGGAAUGGGGCUACUGGGUGACGACGUUCUAUCAUGUAACGGUUGUUACGGUUGCAUUCUGCGGUUUGUUGACAUCGGAUAUGGCAUUGAUGGCCAUAGUUCUGCACAUCGUUGGACUAGCUGACGUUUUUCAGAAUACAUUAGUAGAACUGGACGAUAUGUUGGAAAGGCCAAAUCCUAAUGUGAGAGACAUCAUCAAGAAACAAGCAACAAUCUGCGUUAUGCACAAAGAAAUCAUAAGGUAUGAGGAAGAUUUGGAUGAAUUUUAUGGUCUUAUUAUUUUCAUACAAGUACUAGCCUCAGUUGCCAAUCUGACGAUCGCCCUGUUCCUGUCUUAUAUGACAGGAAAAAUAGCUAGUUUUCUCUUUCUCGUUGCCAUGUUUGGUCAGCUGUUGGAGUUUUGCUCUGCUGGAACUGUUUUGACUUUGAAGAACGAAGAGAUACUUCUAUCCCUGUACAAUACUUUAUGGUACAAACUACCCACCUCGAACCAACGGACCCUUUGCAUAAUGCUGCAAAGAUCCCAAAACGCAGUGGAAAUGACCAUUGGUGGGCUGUCUUUGCUCAAUUUGGAGACAUUUAUACUCAAGAGGAUUUACUCGUACUCGGCAAUUAUCAGAAAUUUUGUGGAAUAA